UUCUCUCGCGUUAUCAGACUUCAACCUGCUUUCUUGAGGUGAAAAACAAGCACAUUUCUGUGCAGCAAACAACUCGAAUAGAAUCCCAUCUCAUCAAGGACACCUGAUAUUCCUACUUUGGCAGCGUGUUCCCCAGUUAGUGAGAAGGGAAGGUGGGAGGAUACAACUCCCUUCCUCGUGAGCUUGACCCAUUCAAAACAAGCGACUGGGAAAGGUCUGACCACACAGACACACACGCACAGACGGUGAAGGAUGUUGUGUUUGGAUUUCUUCUGCUGUGGAGCGUUGAUGCUCUGCUGCACCAGGCUCUGUGUGGCCCUGCCGGCCUCACCUGGACUGCAGCUGAUCCCGGCCCACGACCCCCCAGUGACAGAGCACACCUUCCCAUCAACAGAGGCCUCAUCAGCCUCCACGGUCUCUCAUCACGGCCCCCACAAUGCACCGUGCUUAGUGGACGACAUUUUUGCGGAGUUGCGUGAAGCUGUCGGGAGUGACGGCGAACUCACAAACCGCAGUUUGACUCAGUUUGGAAUCUGCACUGUGUCUGAUAGCUCGUCAGGCUCGGUCUUGGUACAGCUUGCAAAGGAAAUGAGCCGAAACCAGAGACACGGAGUGGAGGUGCUGCAUCCAACUGGAGUGCUCUUGGCAGAGGAAGACGAGAGAGGGAAGCUCAUGUUGACCUUUGACCUCCCACAGUCCCCUCUGCUCGGGCUGAGCCCUGCGCUGCUCUUGGCGUUUGAAAGCCCCCCCACUGGAGGAAACCUGGUCGUCACUUUCACGAGUCAGUCGCUGCAUCCUGACGCACAGACUGUGUGCAUCUCAGGAGAAACGUUGUACAUAAUGCUGACGGGGAAAGCAUCAGACGGCAACGUUCCCCAGAAAUGGAGCAUUGCUGUUGAGACAAAAUCCCCCGAUAUGAACCAAAGCCUAAAAGACAUCCUUACUGGUGGAAAAUCAGGAAGUAACAUCAGCAUGGUUCCGCUUCUGCUUUUCUCUGGUGAAAGAGGAACUGAUUCAAGAUAUCAUCAUAGUUCAUCCCUGGCCUCUUCACAGACCCCCUUCCUCUGUGAGCUGAAGCGGUUCCUGGGGGACGUCCUGCCUCAGGACCACCGUGAGUCCUCUCCAGUCCACCUGGACUCCUUACAGUCCCUGCCUCCCCUGACGCUGGGCUUAUCCUCCAGCGACACCCUGCUGGCGGGACUGAUCAACUCCUCUUCCAUUACCAUCUUCUCCUUCGGUAGCUGGGGCUCCGUGUUUCCGGUGCACCGUGGAGAACUGGCCUUUUCUCCUGCGCUGCUGGAGGAGCUCAAGCAGAGGUUGGAGCAGAGCGUGGUGAAGAUAACGACGGUAAUACGGGAGGAGCAAGUGGGUCAUAGAGCCACCGAGAGGCUGGGAAGGCUCAAGGACCUCAGUGCGUUUCCGAUGAAGGAACCGGCAGCAGGAGACCAUCAGUACCGUGCUUUUCUUCUGCUGAAGGCCCUGCAGACGGUGGCCCGUGUCUACGAGGUGCAGAGAGGACUGCGGGCCACCAGAGCUGGUCCAAACAACCCAGUGAGGGCCAACAUAUGUGGUCUGAGGAGCCUCGCCGUGUCCCUUGAAAAGCGCCUCGGCCUUCCAGAGACCGUCAACAUCAACAACUGCCACGGCUCUUGUGCUUUCCCCCUGACCAACGGCAUCAACCACGCCGUCCUGCUCAAAUUCCACAUCGAGAGCGAGAACGUGGACGAGCGGGCGCCAUGCUGCGUGCCCGUGGCCUACGGAGCCCUGGAGGUGGUGGAAGUCAACGAACAAGGGACUUACCUCUCCAUGAAACAAGAUGUGGUGGCCAAGGAGUGUGGAUGCCGCUAAAACUAGACUGUAGUUAAGUGAAAAUAAUUGUUACUUGCAUUUAUUUAUUCACACAGAAUUAAUACACUUGAAGUACAAACAUGUUAAUUCACAGAGGUCUCUUUAGGCCAUAUACUUAUAUAUAUGUAGACAAUGUAUUAUUUGCAGUAUUCCCACACUUAAAAAUAUUCAAGUUUAUUUAAACCAAAUAAGUCAAAUGAGUAUUAUCACCCUUCUCUGUCAUAUUUUUAUUUUAAUUACUAAUCUUAUUUGUAUAAAAAGCCAUUGUUUUGUCAGGGCAAAUUUCUUAUCAUUAUCAUAAGAAUCUUAAUUAAGAUUCCAUCAUGUAAUUAUUGUUCCAAAUAUGUUAAUAACUUGGUGACAUCUGAUGACAAUACAAGAUUGUGUUACAAUGUGGCGGUAAGUGACAUUUCUAAAUUGGUGAUACUAAAAGUUAGAUUUGAUUAAAUUAUUGAAGAUAUAAAUGUGAUACAGAUUUCAACUGCCUGACAAAUUUAAUGGCGUUCUCUAUAAAUUAACAAAAAUGGAUUAAUAAAUGUAUCAUUCUGGGUUUUUAUAUUAUUAAAUG